AUGGCGUCCCAGCAAGCCUACCCGGUUCUCCCAAAGAACCUGCUCAUCAUCUCGCUGAAGAUGUACUUUACACCUACCCGUACGCUCGACUACUGCCGUGCUUUGCUCGACCCCAAGAAUGAUAUUGUCCGCCCGGAGAACCGUUCCAAGCUGUUGCUGGCCCUUAUCCCCGACUUCCUGACCGUCUACCCCUGUGCGGAGAUUAUUAAGGCGUGGGAAUCCACUUUACCAAAGGAUGAUGCUCCUUCACUGCCAGCUCCAUUCCUGCUUGGGGCUCAGGAUUGCUUCUGGGAGCCACUGGGCGCCUACACCGGAGAAGUCUCGCCGCUGGCGCUCCGCUCGAUGGGGGUGUCCAUUGUCGAACUUGGUCACGCAGAACGCCGCGCCAUCUUUGGCGAGACAGAUGAUCAGACUGGCCGCAAAGCUGCCGCUGCAUGCGCACAAGGUAUGGUUCCGCUGGUCUGCAUCGGAGAGGUCACCGCGCCUGGCCCCGUAGCCUCGCAGGCCAUCGGGCAGGCCGUCAGCGAAUGCGAGGUCCAGAUCCGGGCCGUCCUCCAGGCCAUCCCGGCGGACGCGCCAGUCAUCUUUGCCUACGAACCGGUGUGGGCAAUUGGGAAGCCCGCCCCGGCGGGUGUAGAUCACAUAUCGGCGGUGGUCGAUGGCAUCAAGGCGGUGAUUGGCACCCGCGCGGGGGACGUCCGGAUCUUGUACGGGGGAAGUGCCGGACCGGGGCUGUGGGGCCCGGGCGGUCUGGGGAAGGCCGUCGACGGCAUGUUCCUGGGCCGAUUCGCCCACGAAGUCGAGGGGGUCCGCAAGGUGGUCAGGGAGGUUGAGGAGACGUUGGCUUGA